CCGCAGCAGCCGUGGACGGCUCGAAAUCACUAUUGACGUGGAUGGUUCUACGCGUCGUGUUAAUGACGAAGUCAGAUUGAGUAUUGCAAACUCUCCACACGUCUUGCAAUACACUGCGAGUUUUGCAAACAACAUUGCGACGUGCAGCACGCAAAUCUCUGUUCUUGUUAAUCAGCCACCAGUGAUCACCUGCCCACCCAAUCAGACGACUCAGACAGAUCCAAAGCAAAACUUCGCAACAGUAACCUUACCCGAACCAGCCUCUGCAUCCGACAACAGCGGAUGGUUCGAAAUCACCAUUGACGCGGAUGGUUCUACGUAUCAUGUAAAUGACAGAGUCAGGUUGGAUGCUGCGCAGUCUGCACACACAUUGCAGUACACUGCAAGAGAUGCCACCAACAACUUUGCCACAUGCACCAUGCAAAUCACUGUUAUAGGUCAGUGCCCAACCAACACAACCACUGACGGUCUGAGAUGGCCUGUAGCAGUAGCUGGAUCCACUGCCAAGUCUGUCCAACGCUGUCCACUGACAUCUGCAAAUGCUGGUGAACCCGAAGCCGUCCGGAACUGUUCGAAGUUGGAGGCGCCUCUCUACUUCCGAUGGGAGGAGCAAGAGAUUCGUGGCUGCGGGGACAAGAAGGAAGUGUCUCUCGAAAACGUCGUCAAGGUUGAGGUUAGCAAAGGCAAUGCAGUCGAGGUGGCCGAGUUUCUAGCCAAUCAGACGUCAGAGUCAUCCAAGGAGGCAGAAGAUGUUGCGGUGGUUGCCAGCAUUUUGGAGAACAUCGCAAAAGCAGGAUCGGGGGACAAAGAGGUGACAGAACUAGUGCUGGAGACUGUCAGCAAUGUCAUCAUGAGUGUUGGGCCUGAAACUCCUGACUCCGAGCCCACUCAGAUCGAGGCUGGUACCUCCUCAGCCAUCAUUCAGUCCGUAGAGACUCAAAUCUCCCUGACACUUCAGCAAGAGGGUAAAGUCAGUAUACGUCAGGACUCCAUCCACGUGGAGGCGGUCAGUCUUGAGCCAAACCAGACCAGGAACGGACUCAGCUUCGUGUCCAUGAAACAGUCUAAUGUGACGUCUCCUGGACAAGGGUCACCGCAAGAGGGCACCCUUGCCGGUACCGAGAUCGAGACUUUGUGCUCCAGUAUGAUACCAAAGGAUCUCGAUGUCUUGGCAUCGGCUCGGUUGCCUGGCAACAUCACUAAUUUGCUACCGUCCCCUGAUGCUCAGCUGCAAGCCAGUUUCCUGAUUUACGCUGAUGACACGUUGUUCCAGUCUGCUUCGAUCAGAGAGCAUCGAGGGGAGGGUAACUCGACUCGUAAGGUCGCUGGAUCUGUCGUCUCACUGACUGUGGAGAAUGUUGAACUUGUCAACCUCGCAGAACCAGUCGUGAUUGAAUUCAAGGAGGAAUCAAGCGAGGUCCACUGCGUGUCCUGGGACUUUGAGCUGGAAGAUGGAGUCGGUGAUUGGACAACAGAUGGAUGUGCGCUUGCUGAAGUGACCAAUAAGACAGUCGUGUGUAAUUGCUCUCAUGCCACCAACUUCGCAAUCCUAGUGGAUGUGAAGGGCCAAGCACCUGAUGACAAAGAUGACACUCCUGCUAAGCAAGCGCUUGAUAUCAUCAGCCAUGUUGGCGCUGCACUGUCAAUCAUAAGUCUGGCUAUCACGCUGAUCAUAUACUUAGCUAUCAGGAAACUGCGAAGCGGAAAAUCUCGUCAGAUCUUCAUCAAUUUCUGCUUCUCGUUGUUCAUGUUGUACAUCGUGUUCGUUGCCGGCGUCGACAAUGCUAAGGGUUCCGGAGGUGGUUGUGUGUUUGUGGCUGCUUUACUCCACUACUUGACUCUGUCCACCAUGAUGUGGAUGGCCGUUGAAGCCAGGAACAUGUACGUCAGUACGGUGAAGGUAUUCCCAGAAGACACGCCUCACUACAUGCUCAAGGCUUGCCUCAUCGCUUGGGGUUCUCCAUUGAUUGUGUUGAUUAUCACCUUGGCUGCAGCAUCACAUCACUAUGCCAACGAGCAUUACUGCUUCGUUGAGCCUGGUCUUGUGCUGUACCUCGGCCUCCUUGCUCCCAUUGGUCUCAUCCUCCUCCACAACAUCAUCACCUUCAUCUUGGUCAUGCGCAGUCUCCUGAAGGUCAAGGAGGCAUCUCGCUCCCAGCAGAUCUCCAAACGCCUCCAGAAUGCUGUGGGAAUCUCCGCCCUCAUGGGCUUGACCUGGUGUUUUGGGUUUCUGGCGAUCAAUGAGGCAGCCUUUGCCUUCCAGCUCAUCUUCUGUCUGGCCAACUCCUUGCAGGGCGUGAUUGUGUUCAUCAUGUUCUGCGCUCGACGUGAGGAGGUCCGCACAGCCCUGGCGCCCUACAUGAAGCGCAUCUGCUGCGGCCAUGAGUGCCGUCUGCCCACACUGCAUCCUGAAAAGUCUAACGAGUCAGAAUUGGUGUCAGCGACGGCUCACACUGUACCGUCAGCCGGGCAGAGUGCAGAAGUGGAGAUCUCUGUGACAACACCGCAAUAGGAAGACCACGUUGCGAUUUCGAAGAAAGGUUCACUGCAAGGUUGAGCCAUUCUUGUGGCAUACAUUUGCUAAGUUCUGGGGUCGUUGAGGUUCCGUUAUAACAGGUAACGUCAAGCAGAUAUUGACACCCUCCAAGCCCUAAAACGUCAUGUUCUAUGUUUAAUAAUCGAUACGUAUGGUGUUUCAUUUAAAAAAAUGUUUAGCAUAUUUCAUAAACUGCUUAGAAUGUUUUAAGCUGUAUUUAGAUUAUUAUACUGCAAGGAAUUGGGAAAAUAGUAAUAAAACGCAGAGCUUCUUUAUAAUUACAUUAUUCUCAAAUUUAUAUAACAUUUGAUCAAUUUUACAUUUCGACAUGAAAUCUGAUAAAAUCAACCUGAGUCAAGGUGCGAACAAGAGGUUGAUUCGCGUGUAUAUUUCCUAAGGCAAAUACUUAUAAUCAGAAACCGUUUCGUUAUUUCACGAUCAAGUGAAAGCAUUUUAUGGAGUAUCGAUUAAAUAUAUCGAGUCUCGACUAUUUAGCAUAAUUGAUAUUCUGCAACCUGUUAAUGAUUGCUAUUCAGUUUACAUAAACUAACACACUGUAAUAUUGAUAUUUCUAGCGAUUUUUUUUACCACUGGAUACACAACUUGAAAGCCAUGAGGCGUACCCAAUGCUGAGCAGAUACGAAUCCUUCAACCAAUGAAGAAACUUAAAUCAACUAAUUAUAUUGACUGAAUUCGCUGCUUUGUUUGCAGAUUGCAUAUAGUUAUUACACAUUGCUACAAUAUAACAUAUUACAAAUUGCAAAUAUUAUUCAGAAUUAAAAUAUGGUUUAAAUUGUUUUUCGUAAAGACAAUAUAACAUAGCCCACACUGUGUAGCUCCAGGAGAGGCCUACUGGUGCCCAGAAAUUCGGCAUGUCGAAACAGUAAAGUCUCCUCCCCCGACAUAAAAACAUGGACACGCUAAUGAUAGGGCCCUAUUUGUAAGUUUGAAAACCACGAUAAACAACCCUGACUGUCAUUGCCCCCCCCCCCUGUCGUGGCCCCCUGUUGUUGCUGAAUUCUCGGUGUUUCAUGCCGACCCACUUGUGGCCACUGGCUUGGCUGGGGAUAAGGGGGGGGGGGUAUUUACCCCCCCCCCCCAAUAUUAUGUAAAGACUGCCUAUUUGCAUUCAAGUGCCUUUUUUCGCAAAUAUUCCCCCCCCCCCCAUUAUUUUGAAGGGUGCCCUUUGUUUUAAAACGAGUGUUUUUUUAAGUGCUUUUUUUUUUAAACAAAUGCCCUUUUCCCCCAAAAAAACUUAGUGCCUUUUUUAAAUAGCGGGUGUGACGAGUGCCUUUUUGGACAUCUCGUGCGUGUGCCUCCCUGAAAACAUAUUUAACAUAAACAAAAAAUAACUAUCAGAGGCUCAAGAGGCUCAGAGGCUCAAUUUGAUGUCAAUGAUGGAUAAAGAUGAAACCGUCACUGUGUUUGAUCGUGUGGGUUGUAUGUACGCUGUAGACAUCUUCACAUUUUGGAUACGUACAACUUAUUUCCCAUAUUCAAGUUAUAUUUUGUAUCGGUUGAUUUUUUUUUAUGUGGUUUGUAGAGUUGAUUAUUCCAUAAAUUUGGGAUCCAAAAGUGUGACUUUU